UCAUCUGUGAGAGAUCUUGGUACCUGAGGUACUUAUAUGCUUCUUCAAAUCAAAACAACAUGUAGCCAUCCAUCGGGCCGCAUAAGAUUUUCGCCAGUCGGGUUUCCGCGCAAAAUUUUCGCUUCAUUUAAAAAUCAGUUCGAUUGGUUUGACUUCUCAAGUUUUUGAUAGGUUUUAAACUAGUUUUUCGUAAGUUUUACUCGAUCGUGUGUAUCUUUUACGAGUUUUUCAUUGCGUUACAAUAUGUAUCGCAAUUAUUUGAUGGGAUUUUUACUUGUGUGACAUUAAGUAUUAUUCGCGCAUCAAACUCUAUUUUUAAGUUGGAACAGCACAUCUUCGUCAAAAUCGGAACGCUACACGCCCACCUCCCGCUUGGACCGGAGUGCGUAAUACGCGUGUGCCAAAUAUGCGGACAAUUUGGUUAUUGGCGUUGAUUAACUUACUCUUACUACAUACAUCAGUUCAAGGAUCCUUUAUUGAGUACAUCUGGCCUUCCCAGGAAAAUGAUCACAGAAAUACGGCAGUGGACACAUUUCCGGCCGUUCCAUACGAGCUUUCCGAAAGUGACGAAUCCUUCCUUCGGGAAGCUUCCAAAUGGAUUGGAGCCAAUCUCUCCAAGUUAGACCUGUGUCACCACCGGGUGAUACUGAAGUUAAAGAACUCCUGCGAGUCGCUUAAUGCCGAACAGAUUGGUAAAUUGGCGGUCAUGCUGCUCAAUUGUCAGUCCGAUUCGGAAGGCCGUACGGUCUACCACUGCUCGGAGCAGAUGUCGCUGAAAGACUGCACCAAAGAAAUGGAUCCGGAUACGUGGAAUGCGUAUCAUUUGGUGACCAAUCGAGCGAAGGCCGUAUGUGCCAGCGUCCGGCAUGACCAGUUUCGAGGCCUGACGGAACUUACGGUGAACAAGUUGAUGAACACGGCUCACGAGCAGAUUGAGAUGAUGGGACAGCUGGCGGAGAACCAGAAGGAACUACAGAGCGUCACGCAGGAAGCGAUCGACGAAAUGUCGGCCAACAACGACAGGAUCAUCAGUCAGCAGGGCGAUAUCAUGCGGCUUUCCGAAGCUCACCGUGCCAAGGUCGAGUCAAACUUUCGGGAUCUUGUAAGGGAGAAGGCCUUGAUUCGAUCAGGACAACAAGAGGUUGCCAUCCUGUUGAUUGAUCUGCGGAGCAGAAUCGACGAUAGUAUCAAACAGCUGGAGAUGCAGUCGAAACGAAGUAAGUUGAAUCAUGCUUCCUUGCUGACCGACAUGGAACAACUACAGAAGAGCGCGGCCACGAUCGCCGGUAAGAUUGACGAGACCAGUGCGCAUUUUGCUUCGCAUCAUCAAGCGGCCGAAGAGCAGUACAAAUUUACACUGGGUCAGCUGCAGAAGAUCAACAACACAGUUGCCAACAUGCUGGACAUGAUAGGAGCUCUGCAGAAGGACUUUGACCAUAAACUAGCCUGGAUCACGGAAAAAGUCGGCGGCAGUGACUACAUUCUCCAGAAGAUGAAUACCAUCGUGGUUCAUUUUUGUUACCUCGUGUUCGGCAUGAUCUGCUUAUCUUUCGUCGAUGCGGACAAAUUCAUACGGGUGUUCUUCAUCCUCGCAGUCCCCGGAAACCUAAUGGGGAAUCUUCUGGAUCUCUUCCACUCGGACGUUAUUCAACUCAGCGUCAUACUGGGCAGCUUCAUCGCCGCAGACUUAAUCUGUCGUCUAGGUCUAAAAUUCUACCCUAGAAUACGUACCAUCAACCGCGAUCAACCGCCGUCUUCCCGUGAUCAACCCGACUCAGCGCCCAGGAGACAAAGGGAACCAUCGGUGGUGACGUCGCGAUCGCGAUUGAAUGUACCCCUCCGGCCGGAACCCACCGUAGUGGAAGAAGAUGAAAACGACGACGAAGAUCAGGAGGAAACCAACGGAGGUGCAGCUGCCUACUUGAACUCGAUCCGUUCGAGGUUUUCCCGGGAACGAUCGAUGACCCCGUCGAUGUCGAAUGGUGGAAGUGACGCAGUACGGCGUAGUGUGACGCGCGAAGGCAGCGAAGAUCGGCAGCAGUGUACGGCCAGGACACUUAGGGGAGACCAGUGCCGGGGAGUAGCUUUAGUUGGGAGGGAUUUUUGUCGAGUUCAUGACCAGAGGGGCUUAUAGGCGGGUUUAGUGUAAGGAAAUAGAAACAUAAGGGAAGUUGUUUUGCAAGAUUAGUUUUAUUUAAGUUGUGCUGAAUGUCAGGGUAAGUUUAUAUAAUUUGAAUUAGUCUAGAUGACCUCAUGCUUUCCUUUUGAAUUGACCAGUUUAUAAAUCGAUAGUUAUAGUACAACGAGUUUGUGAGCCAUUAUUUUACCUGAUAUCAUUGACAACGCUUCGUUAUUUAUACCACAUAAUUUGAUAUUUGUAAUUGUAAUUAUGUUUUUGAAUUGGUUAAUAAACAGUUUGCAACUGGA